AUGCGCAUUCAAGUGACACUCUUCGUCUGAAGCGGAUCUUUCACAACUUUUAAAAACAAAACUUUUUAAACAAAAACUUUUGAAGUCGGUGUUUCAGUGUGUUCAUUUGUUUUAACGUUCGAAUUUCGAUUUUAGAAAUGGGUAUGAUAUCGCGAGUGCGUGGACGCAUACGGAGUGAUUCUUUCUCGAAGAUUCACACGCUUAAGUCCGAAGACAAAAUAGCUAAUAUCGUAUGGCUGCUGUCGCUGGUGCUGGUGCUGCCGUACUGGGCGCCGCGGGGACUGUUGGUGGCGCUGGGCGGCGCCUGGCUGAUGGCCGCCUACACGUGCCUCGUGGUGCCCGUGCUCAUCUCCGCCAACUAUCGCUACCCGGCGCGUUGGUGGCCCGACGCGGUGAAGCUUGCGCAAGAGAUGUGGCGCAGGCUGGAGAGGCCAGUGUCGUGCGCGCUGGGAGUGGUGCGCGCUGCGUACGCGCCGGUCGACCGCGCGGAGAAGCUCUUCAUCCAGAUGAGCAACCUGUCGACAAUGAUUGGACAAUUGCUGAUGUUCACCGCGUGCGACCGGCUGUUCGUCUCGCAGGGCCGCCUGACCUGCCUCUACUCCCUCAUGUUCUACAACGUGGUCACCUACUCCGUGAGCUACGUGCGCGAGCUCUGCACCAAGGAGGACUGGUCGCCCUACGUCAACGUCACCCGCCACUCGCGCGUCAAGCAUCUCGCCAUGUCCGCCACCAAGAUUGUCCUCGAAUGGACUAAAGCGGUCACUUUCAUAGUCACUGUGACUUUUGUCCUGUUAGCCUUUGGACUGGAACAGGGCUUGGAGCAUUACAAACCGACAGCGCUGUACACGCUCUUCACCGGUACUUAUUAUUUGCUAACGGAGCGGACGUUCCUAGAGCUCUGGCCGUUGGCAUUGACAGCUAUGAAGUUUGAGCGCUUAGAAGGUAUGGAGGCGCUGUAUUUUGGUGUGUGGGCGCGAGGUGUGACGACGGCGCUGGCGCUACCGCUGGUGCCGGCUCUGGCGUGGUGUGAGCGCUGGCGGCUAGCGCUGCUGCUGCUGUACGUGAACGUGAUCGUUCAUGGCAGGCACAGGCUCGGUGAAGCGUUAGGAAAGCUGAAUGAAGCGUGCGGCUCGCUCGCUAGAUUCCGACGAGCGACGGCCGCGGAACUCUCCACGCUAGAGGAUGUGUGCGCCGUGUGUCUAGGAGUGAUGCGCUCGGCGCGCGUGACGCCCUGCGCGCACUUCUUCCACGCCGACUGCCUCAGGAGAUGCCUCGCGGCCUCGGACCGGUGUCCCAUAUGCAUCAGGCCGUACAUAUUCUGCUGAUCGCUGGACACCACAUUCGCCGGACAAGACUGUUGAGAUUACGAAAGCCUCAAGCGUCGAGAUCCAGAACGAAAUCCACGGAAAAGUGGAUCAAUAUCUAUUGCUUGGAGACUUUCGUGCAUGAUUUCUGUUCAUGCGCAAUUUUUAACCACCAGUAUGAUUUAGGUUUAUAUAACAUUCGUAUUUACUCUAUAGGGUCUAAUUUAGCUCGGUGUACCUAUUCUAAAAAAACUAUUUUAAACACUUAACAAUUAUUGAUAAUUAGUAGGUAAGUCAUUUCUUAAAAAAUAUACAAUACGAUAAAAAAAUACGUAGAAAAUUAAUAGGUAGCUACUAGCUUAGCUAGAACAAAAUUUACAGCAUAGAAUUUUUAUAUUUUUAUUAAAUAAUAAUGACCAAAUAAAACGCUUCACUGAUGUUGACAAACAGUGUCUUUCGUUUAUCAUGUAAAAUGCUCGUAGCAGUCGUAGCAGAAGCACUGCAGUGCAGCAGUUGCAGUGCAGUAUGAAAUGACACCUUGAAACCUAUAAUUUUGUUAUAAACACAGCAUAUGAUUGCUUACUGCAUAUGGCCCUUCGAACCGGAUUUCAGUAAUGAUAUUUUUAUUAAAAAUAUACCCAGUACAUACAAUACUAUCAUGUCAUGUAAAUAAUGUCAUGUAACCCAAAUUUAUCAGUUAUUCGCCCCCAGUUUUACUGUAUCUCGAUGUUGUCUUAAAAACGGGUGUAUAGUAUAUUUUAUCAUCCCUUAGUUACCGCGCUUUAUCUAACUUACUAAAUAAUUUAUUUUCGUGUUCAUUAUUGUCCUUAUUGUUUUAUAGGCAAACAGUUUUGUUUAUCUUGUGUUUACCCUAAUGAAAAAAAUAUGACUAGGAUCAUAAUAUGAUGGGUCGUGCGUUUUUCGUAAAUCCACUACGUAAAUAACCUCAUGCCACCCAAUGUAUAUUAGGAUGUACAAUCAGUUUCGAUGGAAUGUCAACCUUAAUAAAAACAAAUUAGGCAGCUUUUCAUUAGUCUCGUAUAAUUUUCGAACAAAUGAAAUUCAACCCAAUUGAAAAUACAAAAAGAUUCUAAUUUCCUUGGCUAUAAUUUUGUAUGGUGGGCGGCACUAGGAUAAGA